AUGAUUUGCAGCAUGGCCUCCCUGGAACUUUUAGACAUUGGGCUUGAUGAAGGGGAUGAUGUCCGAGGUCUCUGGAGAUCUACAGGAGAUGAGGUGCUGGCGGAGGGUUUUCCGUACGAGCUCUUGGACGCCAGCCUCAGUGGUGAUGAGGCAAUCCACAGAUUCUACAUGAGAUGUGUAGACAGGGUGAGGCCUACAAGUCCUGAUAUAUGCAUUGACCCCCGGCGUCUUUGUGGUGACUGUGAAGAGGCAGGAGAGAGGAGCGAUAGCAUGAGGGUCCCCGAGAUGGGGAGAGACAGUAGUGAUGGCUUAAGAGCAAAGCCCACUUUUUCAUAUGCUCAGAUAAUAACACAGGCCAUAAGGACAAGUUCUGCAGGCAAGCUUACGCUCAGCGAGAUCUACAGGUGGAUUGAGGAUUCAUUUGAGUACUACAGGCAUGCGAAUCCUGUCUGGAAGAACUCCAUACGGCACAACCUGUCUUUGAACAAGUGUUUCAAGAAGGUUCCGCGGGAUCCUGGGACGCGGGGAAAGGGAGGGAAGUGGACGCUUGACUACGACUUUUUGGCGAAAGAGGAGUUCAAAAGACGAAGGAGGGCAAGGCGAUAUGAUGGCAAAGCUCUGGAUGUAUCUGAAGCGUCUGGAGACUCCUCGAACGAUGAGAGAGACGAUGGCUUUUGUAGCACCUAUGCGUCUUCUGAGGAUCUAGUGAACCAGAUGGAGAAAUUUGUGGCUUCCAGAAUCGGUUCAAGCAAGAAUGUAAAUAAAGUCUAA